CUCCAUGCCAACAAGAUGUCAUCUGUAGAAUGGGAAGGGAAUACUGCCACGAUUGAGGAUGAUGAGGAGAAAAGAGUUCUUCGGGGUGCUCUGUCGUCUUUCUACCAAUAUGCAAAAGUUGCUCAUUACAAUACCACGCAUCUCCGAAGGCAGUCAUUCUACGCUUUACCAAGAGCGCACUGGGAGAUGUUAGCCAGUCCACCCUUCUCCUAUCUCGAAACUCUCAAUGCGGUGGAUGAUGCCAUCGACAAGAACUCGGAACUAGCAAGUGCCAUCUUUCAUGCUGGCCUUCAAUCCUUCGGGUUGUCUCUGCCCACGAGCGAAGUUGGAGCCAAUGACCCUAAUGAUUGGCGAGGAGUUGCAACCUCAAAUGAUCUCGAGAAAGCACGAAGUACUUUGCGGCAAUUCUUCCGAGACUGGUCUGCGGAAGGCGAAUCGGAACGAGAAGCUUGUUACGGUCCAGUGAUCAGUGCCCUUCGAGAUGAAUGCAACCGUCGCUCCGGGUCCAAAUUACGUGUCUUGGUUCCCGGUGCAGGACUUGGUCGCCUUGUCUUCGAGCUCUGCUGUGCCGGUUUUGACGCUGAGGGCAACGAGAUUAGUUUUCACCAGCUUCUUGCAAGUUCAUACAUCCUAAAUCACUGCUCUAAGAAGCAUGCUCAUACCAUAUUUCCAUGGGCCCACUCCUUCUCGAAUCACCAAAGCCGUGCGAACCAUCUGAGGUCAGUCCAAGUGCCUGAUGUGUCUCCCGCCUUGACCCUUGGCAGCAUUGAAACAGCUGGUCAGAUGAGCAUGAGUGCCUCGGAUUUCUUACUGUUGUACGGGGAUGAGGACCAGAAGGACACUUUUGACGCCGUUGCGACUGUCUUCUUUCUCGAUACUGCGCCAAAUAUCAUAAAAUACAUUGAGGUGAUUCGGAACUGUUUACGAAAGGGGGGGUUGCUUGUCAAUAUGGGACCCCUACUGUGGCAUUUUGAAAAUAAUGCUCCCGGUACGCAUGGACGGGAGAAGGAACCAUCUGGGCACCACGAUAGUAUUGGUAUUGCAGAUCCGGGAAGUGUCGAGUUGACAGAUGAUGAAGUGGUGAUGUUAGUAGAGAAACUUGGGUUCGAUAUAGUACACAAGACAUCUGGGAUUGAAGCACCAUAUAUUCAAGAUAAGGAGAGUAUGCUUCAGAGUACAUACAAAGCUAGUCACUGGGUAGCUAGGAAAAAAUAA